AUGCCAUUAUCAGAAGGUCAAUUGGAAGAGCUGAACUUGUUUCAGCGGAAAGUGCACGAAGAUGAGCCCAAAGACUUAUUGCAGUUCGCCGCAAACUAUUUCAACAGGAGACUGGAGCAGCAACGAUUUUUCGCAAGGAACCAGGAAUCUCUGGCAUUAUCGAAGGGCAUCGUCCUAUUCCCCUCGGCUACAAGGAACGAUUCCGUGGUAGCUUCAGGUCGCACUGGUGCGGCAGGUCUGGAAUCGCAAUCGCAAUCGCAAGAUCAGCUAUUCAAAGCAUCUUUUUCAGAAACUACGGACCCACAUCACACGACACAAGGCCCCAAUGCACCUGCUGCUACCACUGGUGGUGACAAAAUGAGCACUCCUAGUAGCAGUGAUUUCGGCUCUGGUAUUUUCAAAAACGAUUUCCGCGUAAAUCAAAGCUCCGAGAAGAACAUUAGAAAACCAGUGGAUCCCAUGGCUCCGAGCGACCGUGCUUCAGGCUCAUCACCACAACCAUCGAAAAUUCCCAGAAAGUCUGUUGUAACGCCUCAACACCUGCCCAUGAACUUUAAUGCCCAAAGACGUACCUCCGUAAGCGGAGAAACUAUGCAACCUGAUAAUCUCGACAACUGGACUCCCGAAAAUUUCUGUGAGAAAAGUGGUCCACAGUUAGAUAGGCUGGAGAAAGCCAUUGGUCGCAAUUUCCUUUUCAACAAACUUGAUAGCGAGUCGAAGAGAUUAGUCAUUGACUCUUUGGAAGAGAAAGCUGUAAAACAGGGCCAAGAAAUCAUCAAGCAAGGCGAUGAAGGAGAUUACUUCUACAUCGUGGAGAAGGGUACUGUGGACUUUUAUGUGGGAGAUCAAAAGGUGAACAGCUCAGGACCUUGUUCCAGUUUUGGUGAACUUGCGCUCAUGUACAACAGCCCCAGAGCUGCCACUGUUCUAGCCGCCACAGACUGUGUACUAUGGGCACUUGAUAGAUUGACCUUCAGGAGGAUCUUGUUGGGAGGUUCUUUCAAGAAGAGAAUACUAUAUGACGAAUUUUUAAAGUCCAUGCCUGUUCUACAUUCUUUGACGACAUAUGACCGUGCCAAGCUGGCUGACGCUUUAGACACAGAGAUAUAUCAGCCAGGACAAAUAAUUAUUCGUGAAGGUGAUAGCGGUGACAAUUUUUACUUCAUCGAGUUUGGUGAAGCUGAAGUUUCUAAAGAAGGUCAAGGAAUCAUUGCCCAUCUGAAACAAGGUGACUACUUUGGUGAAAUCGCAUUACUCAACGAUCUUCCCCGCCAGGCUACAGUGAAGGCCAUCAAGAAGACAAAGGUAGCCACGUUAGGUAAGAGUGGGUUUCAAAGACUGCUGGGUCCAGCCGUGGAGGUUUUGAAACUCAACGAUCCGACCCGAGUAGACCAUUAG